UUUUCUUGGCACUUCACUUCACGAGAAGCCGCAAGUCGCCCACCCUUCUUCUGCACCCUUUCCUCUCUCCAAUCGAAACUCAAUGGCGAAAGAACCAGUUCGUGUUCUGGUCACCGGUGCUGCCGGACAAAUCGGAUAUGCACUUGUCCCCAUGAUUGCUAGGGGAGUCAUGCUGGGUCCUGACCAGCCUGUAAUACUCCACAUGCUUGACAUUCCUCCAGCAGCAGAGUCUCUGAACGGGGUUAAAAUGGAGUUGGUGGACGCUGCAUUCCCACUUCUUAAAGGUGUUGUUGCUACAACUGAUGUGGUCGAGGCAUGCACUGGAGUCAACAUUGCAGUCAUGGUUGGUGGGUUUCCAAGAAAGGAAGGCAUGGAGAGAAAAGAUGUGAUGUCAAAAAAUGUGUCUAUCUACAAGUCCCAGGCUUCUGCCCUAGAAAAGCAUGCUUCUGCAAACUGCAAGGUUCUUGUUGUUGCUAACCCUGCCAACACGAAUGCAUUGAUCUUGAAGGAAUUUGCACCAUCUAUUCCUGAGAAAAACAUCACUUGUUUGACUAGACUUGACCAUAACAGGGCAUUGGGCCAAAUUUCUGAAAGGCUGAAUGUUCAAGUUUCUGAAGUGAAGAAUGUUAUAAUCUGGGGUAAUCAUUCAUCAACUCAAUAUCCUGAUGUCAACCAUGCAACAGUUAAAACCCCAGCUGGGGAAAAGCAUGUCCGUGAACUUGUUGCUGAUGAUGCAUGGUUGAAUGGGGAAUUCAUAACUACUGUUCAACAACGUGGUGCUGCAAUUAUUAAAGCUAGGAAGCUUUCAAGCGCAUUAUCUGCUGCUAGUGCUGCUUGUGACCACAUUCGUGAUUGGGUUCUUGGAACUCCAGAGGGCACCUGGGUGUCAAUGGGAGUGUAUUCAGAUGGUUCUUACAACGUACCAGCUGGGUUAAUUUAUUCAUUCCCAGUCACCUGUCAAAGUGGGGAGUGGAAGAUAGUUCAAGGACUUUCCAUUGAUGAGUUUUCAAGGAAGAAAAUGGAUUCGACAGCAGAAGAGCUCUCAGAGGAGAAGGCUUUAGCAUACUCAUGCCUUUCUUAGACUGCUUGCUUUCUGAUUGGUAUUAUUAUCAUUAUAGUUCUCUGUACUUCUAUGAAGGUAGUUUCAAUUUUGAAUAAGGCAACUUCUUAACUACAGAGAACUGUUUAUGGUGAUGCUGCUUCACUGUAAAUGCAGCAUGUUGUACUUCGAGUUUGUGUUUUCGCUCUUGAUACUGGACAUAAGCAGCUUCGUUUUUGAGUGGACUUUGGUCUAUUCUGAAGCUUAGUUAUCCAUCUUUUGGGAAUUUUUUAUCUUGUAAUAGUGUGCCCUGCACUGGUGAUUGUACAAGACCUUACAUGUUCUUGGGAAUGCACAAGCGUGCUGAUGCAUGCAAACAAAUUCUGGAUC